AUGAGGCGGUGCGAGCAGCAGGCGGCAUCAUCGCCGGCGUCGUCCGAGUCUGAUCAGAUCGAUCAGGAGCGGGAUAUCAACACAGAGCUCCUGGAGCUAAAGGCAUUGCAUAUGCAUCACAGAACGCCGCCAGCGCCGACAAGGCCUGCGCAGCAGCGGUGGCGGCCAAACAGUCAGCAGCUGGGCAUCCUGGAGGAAUUCUACGCGAAAGGGACGCCGCCAUCGCAAGAAAACGUCACGGAGAUAGCCGAGCUCAUCGGCCACCACGGCCCGGUGGACGAAUCCAAAGUGUACUAUUGGUUUCAGAACAAGAAGUCCCGCGAGAAACGCAAGCGGCGCCGCAUCGAGGAGGCCAACGCCGCCUCUGGCGCCUCCGCCUCUUCUUCUCCCGCCGCCGCCAGUGCCACCGCCGCUUUCCAGCAGGAUUUGUCCUCCUCCGCCCCUAGCGCUUCCGCUUCAGCUUCAUCCGGGUCGGAGCAAUUGCACCAUCCCGCCGCGCAGUCGUAUGCUGCUGCCCAGAUCGUGAUUGACGGGGGCGUGGUUUCUAUCAUCGACGACAAAUCGCCCUUCGAUCUCGUGGGCCACUUUGGCGACGGCGCGGCGCUCUUCGAUCCAGCGCUUGGGCGAAUCGUUCCCACCAACGAGCGCGGCGUGACGCUGGAGCCUCUCGAGUCGCGGGCUUACACUCUCGUAAGGAAGACGAAGGAGGGAUAUGCCUUACCGUGA